AUGGUAAAAGCAGAGGAACAACUUGUAACCUUCAAUAACACCAAUUCCAUCAACAAUUCCUCACAUCAUUCCAACAAUUACAUUAAAGUGGUUGAACAACAGCAUGUAGAAAAUAUUGAAGAAUUCGACAAACAAUUGGAAAUGUUUAACCAAACAUAUACUGCCAGUCUUAAUACGAUCAAUAUAAAGCUUGACUUGUUGGUCAAGACUCUAGAUCAAACUGACAAUAAAUUAAAUGCUUUAGAAGUUUUAAGUGAUUUGAGUAAAAAAUGCAUCACCAAAUAUCGUUCCUCGAUACCCACAAUCGCUAAUACUGAAACCAAAAUGAAUGGUUGUAUUAAAACAGCCAGCAAGAGACUUCCAAACCUAAUGGCAAAUCCAUUCAACACCAGACAUUUCUUGGAAAGUUAUUAUAAGGAAGACUUUAAUAGGGGCAUUGCCAAUUGUGAAAAGAAAUAUGCUGCAUUGGCUUUAAACUAUACCAUGUGUAUUACAGAUGUGGUAAAUCUGGCUCAAGUUCAAACCAUCAAUAAUCAAAAGAUUUUUGCCACACAAAUGGCUGCUUCCAAAUGUUCCGGUAAUGAAAACAUAAGACAGGCCUUAGAUUGCAGCUACACAACCGAAAAUCUUACAGUAUCAAACAUUGCUGAGGCCACUACUUUAAUCAACAAGUGUCUGAUGGGUCAAGAUGAUUGCAAACAAUGUGAUUUCGGUUAUUCAUGUUCAGAUGUCUAUUACAUGAAACGUUCUGAAGUAGAUUAUGAGAGUAAAGUAAUGAAUAAUCCAUUUUAUGAACGUUUUGAUAUUAAAAAUUGUUUAUUGUUAAAAAUUAAUUAG